AUGAAAGAGGCUAUGUUAGCGAGUGAAAAAAUCCAUUCCGAUUUGGAACAAUUUGGGUUUGUUCUUGCAUCAGAGAAGUGCAAUUGGGUUCCUAUUCAAGGUCUUGACUGGUUGGGUUUUCAUUGGGAUAUGAUAGGAGGGGUUAUAAGAAUUACCGAAAAAAGAAUAGAGAAGCUUUUAAGAAUUUUGGAAGUUUUCAGGUUACAAUUUCACUACGGAAUUAGGCUUUUCCGGGUGAAAUUUAUUGCAAGUAUUGUAGGACAGAUCAUAUCAAUGCAGCCUGUAUUAGGAGAUCAGGCACGUUUAAGAACAAGGUAUUUGUACCAAUGUAUAUUGCAAAGGGCAAGUUGGAACGCCAAAGUACUAGUUAGUACGGACGCAUUCGAGGAGUGCAUUUUUUGGGAACAUAAAGUUGAAAACUUUAACGAGAUAGGAUCUCGGUUAAGUCAGUUGACUUAUAAUGUACCACAAGAUUAUUAUGUGUUCAGUGAUGCAUCUGGUACAGGUUUCGGUGUUUUUGUUACCACUGGUUCAGAGGACGAACCUUUGGAAAUGUUUGGUAGUUGGUCAAUGGCGGAACAGGCCGAAAGUUCGACCUGCAGAGAGCUCGACGCUGUAAAAAGAUUAUUGAUAAAUUUUGUCAAUAUCCUCUCUGGUAAGAUUAUCAGAGUUUUCACAGAUAAUCUGAAUAUCACACAUAUACUUAAUAUUGGUAGUAGGAAAAUGGUUUUGCAUAAGAACGCUUUGUUCGUUGAUGAAUUUUGCAGAGAGAAUGCAAUUAAGUUGAGUUUGGUUUGGUUACCAAGAGAAUCAAACCAGUAUGCAGACACUUUAAGUAGGGUAACAGAUUGUGAUGACUGGGAAAUACGAGAUGAUAUUUUUCUGUAUCUUGAUCACGUUUGGGGUCCACAUGACAUAGAUAGGUUCGCACAUGAUUACAAUGCCAAGUGCAAACAUUUUAACUCAAAGUUUUGGUGUCCCGGGACUGCUGGGAUAGACUCGUUUACAGUAGUAUGGGGUGGACAAAAUAAUUGGAUAGUUCCACCACCAAGUUUGAUUCCAAAGGUUAUUAAUAAGAUUAGAAUAGAAAAAUGCAAUGGCACUUUAGUCAUCCCGGAAUGGACAUCGGCACCAUUUUGGCCUAUGUUGGUGGAUCGAUUUGGAAAUUUUAAGGAUUUCAUAGUUGACAGAAAGUUUUUUCAAGGGGAAAAUCUGACUAAAAGAGGCAGAGGGCAGUGCGGAGUAUUUGGACAACAGUGUUUCAAAUUUAGAUUGAUAGCAUUAAGAAUAGAAUUUUAG